ACACAACUACACAAGGGGGUGAUUGGGCGAAGGCGCCGAGGAAGCCGAGCCCCUUUGGAUUCCCUGACUCGCAUGGUAUCUGGUCAGAAAGGCACAGACUUUAGUGUGCCUCUCGUUGUUGUAACGCCCCUGUCUCUCUGCUCCCGCGGAAGAGGGGUGCGAGCGCCGAGGGAGCGCGGGGGGAGAGAGAGACGGAGGCGGGGAGGAGUGAUGAAGUCAAUGCCGCCGCCAUUGCCGCACCUCUGCUCCUCCGCCUUCGUCGUCUUGCUGCUCCUGCUGUGUCGCCCGUUGGUGGCCAAUGGGAGGGCCACACCGACCGGGGCUUCUCCGCCUUCUCCGGAGGGCCCAUCGGCGGCUCAGCCCGCUCUGCAGCCUGCACCCGCUGCCAACGGCGCCGCCGCCGUGCUUCCUGCGGCCGCGGGGCCUCCUCCCUUAGGGGUGAUUGUGGUGGAGAGACACCACCACCUCCGCAGGGAGCUCAUCGCUGCCAUUAUCCUCUCAUCCGUCGCCAUCGUCGUGAUCACCAUCGCCGCACUGUAUGCCUUCUUGCUGUGGCGACGAUCACGGCGAGCCCUGGUGGAUUCCAAGGACACCCAGAGCAUAGAUACCGCAAGGAUUGCAUUUGUGCCAAUGUUGAAUAGCUUCAACUCAUACAAGACUACCAAGAAGAGUGCUGCCGCGAUGAUGGAUUACACAUCUUUGGAGGCAGCAACUGAAAAAUUCAGUGAGAGCAAUGUCCUUGGAGUUGGUGGGUUUGGGUCUGUGUACAAAGCCAAUUUUGAUGGGAGGUUUGCUGCUGCGGUUAAGAGAUUGGAUGGUGGGGCUGGGGCACAUGAUUGCGAGAAGGAAUUCGAGAAUGAGCUAGAUUUGCUCGGGAGGAUUCGGCAUCCGAACAUUGUGUCCCUUGUGGGCUUCUGUAUUCAUGAGGAGAACCGUUUCAUUGUUUAUGAGCUGAUGGAGAAUGGGUCGUUGGAUUCACAACUUCAUGGGCCAUCACAUGGUUCAGCUCUGAGCUGGCAUAUUCGGAUGAAGAUUGCUCUUGACACGGCAAGGGGAUUAGAGUACCUGCAUGAGCACUGCAACCCACCAAUUAUCCAUAGGGAUCUGAAGUCAUCUAACAUACUUUUAGAUUCAGACUUCAGUGCUAAGAUUUCAGAUUUUGGCCUUGCAGUGAUUAGUGGGAAUCACAGCAAAGGGAAUUUAAAGCUUUCUGGGACUAUGGGCUAUGUGGCCCCUGAGUACUUAUUGGAUGGGAAGUUGACUGAGAAGAGCGAUGUAUAUGCGUUUGGGGUGGUACUUCUAGAACUUCUACUGGGAAGGAAACCUGUUGAGAAGACGGCACAAUCUCAGUGCCAAUCAAUUGUUACAUGGGCCAUGCCUCAGCUAACUGAUAGAUCCAAACUCCCUAACAUAAUUGACCCCAUGAUCAAGAACACAAUGGAUCUGAAACACUUAUACCAAGUUGCUGCGGUGGCUGUGCUCUGUGUGCAACCAGAGCCAAGUUACAGGCCACUGAUCACCGAUGUACUCCAUUCGCUUGUACCCCUAGUGCCCAUGGAGCUUGGAGGAACGCUGAGGAUCAGCCCAGAAUCACCGUAUGCUACUCAGAUGCAAUCUCCCAUUUGAGAUAAAUGAAACAUGGACAUGAUUGGAUUGCUGAUUCAGUAAGGCUCGUCCAAGUGGGUUCAAAAAUCAAAACCCCCAGAUAACUUAUGAAGUUGAGCAUGGGUUAUUGUUCCUUGCUUGCAUUGCCUUCCAUGGUGUUUGUCUGAGUGCCAAUCUGAGGUGCCACUACAUGUCGAGCUGUGUUGGCUCAGUUUUUGGGUUUGUGGAGGAGGGCUAUGUAUUUCCGUGGCUGUACAAAGAAGUAAAAUGAAGCCCUGCCCCCCCCCCCCCCCCCUUUUUUUUCUUAUGGAUCUGUUAUCUUUUGUAUAGAUUAAAGAUUUUCCACACUGUAACUCAUCAGUACUGCCAUCAAGAAAAAAUUUUGUACUA